UUGAAUAAGAGUCAUACACAAGGUUUUAAUUUUCUUUGCUGUUAUAUAUUGAAACCAUAGUCUAUAUAAAGUUUCCAGCUUUUUCAUUCUUGAAUAUUGAAAAAUGAUUCCUUCUCAAAUGAAAGUUUUUCUAUUUAUUUUUCUUCAAAACUAUAUAGGCCUAGCAUAUGAUCCUGAUCCAGUUCAUGAUUACUGCAUUCCAAGAACAGAAUUCUCUUCAAUCUUCCUAUCUUGCAAGAAUUCAUCGCUUGUUACAGUCGAUGAUUUUAUCUAUUCGGGGAUUAAAGAUCCCGGGAACUUUAAGCAUACUGGAUUUUCAUCCAUCCCAGUGAGUUCUACUGUCUUUCCUGGACUAAACACACUAGGCAUGUCAUUUGUGCGUGCUGAUUUUGACGUUGAUGGUGUCAACGUGCCACAUUUUCAUCCAAGAGCAACAGAAACUGCAUUCGUGCUAGAGGGGAAGAUUUAUUCGGGGUUUGUUGAUUCAGGAAACAGAGUAUUUGCUAAGGUUCUUGAGAAAGGAGAAGUCAUGGUGUUUCCAAAAGGUUUAGUUCACUUCCAGAUGAAUGUUGACGACUCGCCAGCGACUAUUCUGGGGAGUUUUAAUAGCCAAAAUCCUGGAUUAGUGAAAAUUCCAUCUGCUGUUUUUGGAACAGGAAUCAAAGAGGAGCUCUUGAUGAAGGCUUUUGGAUUGAGUGACAAGGAAAUUGCUAAAUUGAGGAAGAAGUUUGCACCUCAAUAGUAGGAUAGAUUAUAGAGAUAUUUGUAGUUUUUGUGCUUCAUCUCUUUUCUUCUGUAUUCAGUAAUGCAACUAAAUUACCUUACUUCCAAAAAGAUGCUGCAUAGUUCUAAAGGUUGCAACUUGCAACAUAAGCAAAUUGAGAAUUUUUUUUAUUUUUUUUGUGUGUGGUGGUGGUGGGGAUUUGAUGAUGAGGAAGCUGAAAUUCACUACGCAGGUUAAAAAUGAUUCUUCAAAUUGAUUAGUUUAGGCCAAAACUAUAGGAGAUUGUGGAGGGCAAGAAUUAGGGAGAAGAUUAGUAGGUAGUAGUGUGUUGUCUCACUAUCUAUCCUUACUAGUAGUCGUAGGUGCUCCUAUAGUUUCCUGUACUUCGAUUAUAGUAUUAUUUUGAUUUAUCUACUGCUCAAUAUGUGGUGUUAUGCUUUCACUUCUGUUACUUCUUUUUGGACUGUCUUUUUAUGGAGCCGCGGGUCUAUAAAAACAGCAUCUCUACCUCUGAGGUAGGGAAAGGUUUGUGUUGAGUCUACCCUCUCUAGAUCCUACUUU